AUGCUGCUGGCCUCCGCGUUCUGCGUCUUCUUCACGCUGUUCCUGCUCCGCUUCUCCCUGCAGGUCGAGGACGCCGUCCCCCAGCUCCCCGAGACCGAAGAGGAGCUGUUCCCCUUCGACAUCUACAACAACCAGUCCGUCGCCAUCCCGCUCGCCUCCAUCUUCGAAGAGCCGCCCACCCCCGAAGGCUGGCGCUUCCACCCUGCUCGCGACGCCCGCAACUACGGCCUCAACGAGGAGCAGUGCGACUGGACCUUCCCCAAUCUGUGGAUCGAGCUCGAGAAUGCCGCCAGAGUUCGCCGAAACAAGGGCAAUGUCACCAAGGAGGACCUGGACAUCACCUGGCGCGAUGACGCUAUCACGCGAUGCAUGAUCUACGACCAUCAGCUCUACAUCCUCGAGACGAGGGGCACCACCCACCGCCGCGACUACCGCGAACGCACCCUUGCAGUCCUCCACAACAUGCACCGUGCCAUUACCUCCUACAACGGCCCGCUGCCCAACAUCGAGUUCGCCUUCUCCGUCGACGACUGGGUCUACAGCGACAUCAAGAAGGACUACGAUCACAUCAUCUGGGGCUUCACUCGGGACCCGGAGUGGGAGGACGUGUGGUUGAUGCCUGAUUUCGGAUACUGGUCGUGGCCCACAGACCCUGUCGGUGCUUACCAGGAUGUGCGGAAUCAGAUGGGUGUGCGUGAGAAGGCGCAGGCUUUCAGCGAGAAGAGGCCAAAGGUUGUGUGGAGAGGUGCAGCUAUGACGGAUCAGCGUAAGCAGCUGAUUAAGCAGUGGGGCAAUAAGCCGUGGAGCGACAUCGUGGCGCUGGACUGGAGUGAUCCGGAUGUCGAGGAGAAAUUCGUCAUCAUGCCGGACCACUGCCAGUGGCAGUAUGUGCUGCACACUGAAGGCCGAUCCUACUCUGGUCGCCUCAAAUACCUCCAGAACUGUCACAGUGUGCCUAUCAUCCCCAAAAUGCAUUGGAUUGAGCCGCACCACAAGCUUCUCAUCGACCAAGGCCCGGCCAUGAACUACAUCCCCGUCAAGUUCGAUUUCUCAGACCUCGGCGAGAAGGUCGAGUACUACUUGGAACACCCUGAAGAGGCCGAGCGCAUCGCCGACAACAAUGUCGCCAUGUUCCGCGAUAAAUAUCUUACGCCUGCCGCCCAAGCCUGCUACUGGCGCAAGCUCUUCCGUAUGUGGAGAGACGUCAGUUUUGAGCCUGAGCUUUCUGAAGGCUACGGAAAGCCACGCGGCAUUCCGUUUGAAACUUAUGCCUUGCUUGACAUUUACGACUCGAAUCCCUGGAGGGAUACCGAGCCUGACACAACAUCAAAGUAA